AAUAAUUAUUUAAUUUUGCCGCAUUGCGGUAAAGUGUCCCGUGCUCGUCUUCUGAUUUUCCUCAUAUUUUUUAUUUUUAAAAUGAUUAAUUCGACAACAAAUGAAAUUGUUAGUAAUGAUGGAGGAAAUUUGGAAUUAUUAAACCUUAAAAAUGAAGAGAAUAAUGUUGAUAUUUAUUUGGAAAUGCUUAAAAAUAAAUUCUCUGAUCCAACAUUUUUGAUUGGACUAGAACAUUUUUUAGGUAAUUAUUCUAUACCUGGUGGCAGUCAACUUGUUCGAGAAUCAAUCUCUCGCCACCUACGUCGCCUCUUUGGUGUUUCUCUUCGUUGGGAAGAACUUUUUUUGGUUAAUAAUGAAUUGUCGGCUCUUGAGGUGUUCGUAAAUACUUUUUGUUUGAAUGGAGAUUUAAUUCUCUGUCCAGCACCUUUUGCCUACCCAGAACUGGCAAAAAAUAUUAAAACACAAACUCAAAUAGAAUUUUGGCCAAUUCCCCUUACAACUAACGGUAAACAAUUGGAAAUGGAUGAUUUAAUAAAUACAUAUCAAAAAAUCGAGGAAAAAGGUAGACGAGCACGGGCUCUUCUUUUGCAUAAUCCACAUCCAAUUCUCGGUUCUCUCCAAGAUGGAGAUAGAAGAAUUGCUAAAUUAGUGGAAUGGACUAGCGAAAAAGAAAUGUUUAUUUUGUUGGAUGAAAGUUUAGCAUCUCUUGAUUUAUGGGAAUUUAGUAGUUGUUUGGCUUUAGACCAUAAUUCUCUUCAAUCUGGAAAAAAUAUUAUUUGGAUAUGGAAUGGAUCUAAACAUUUUUCACUUCCCGGAUUGGAAUUUUCUGUUAUUUAUUACCCCCAUCAAUCUGAUAUAUUUUUAAAUUCUUCAAUUGCUCAUUCCCAACAAUGUUCCCCUUUAGUUCAAUUUUUUGCUUCUAAACUUUUGGAUGAUUUUGAAUGGACAUCAAAACUUUUUGAAAAAAGAAAAUUUAGACUUGAAACCCUUUCUUCACAAAUGCUGAAUGAACUUAAAAAUAUACUAAAUAUUUAUUCAAAACAAAUAUUAAAAACAGAAAGGCCAAUAACACAAUGGAUAUUAAUUGACUUGUUUAAAUAUUUAUCGUUAAUUAAUGGAAAUGUUUCUUUUGUUUCUGAAAAAGAACUUUAUAAAGAAUUUAAACAAAUUGGAAAAAUUGAAUUAAUUUGUGGUGAAGAAUUGGGAAUGGAAAGGCCUGGAUGGUUUAGAUUAAGAUAUUUACCUAAUGUUAUUGAACGAUUAAAAAAUAUUCUUGAAAACAAAUUAAUGCCUUUAAAUAAUCAAACAGAAAUUGUAGAUAUAAAUGAAUUGGGAUGUAAAUAUGGAGGAGGUAUUAAUUUAUUUCCUGAAAAUGAAAUUGAAGAAGAAAAAUUUAAAAAAGAAAUUUGGGGGGAAAUUGAAGGGGAGAAGGAAGAAGAAGGAGGAAUUGGUAGAAAAAUUUGGGAUAUAAGUGAAGGAGAUGAAAAUGAAGAAGGAUUAAAAGAAAGGGAAAGGGAAGUGGAAGAAGACGAAGUUCUUAGCAAAGUUUUUUCAAUUUUCCCAGAAGAACAUUGGGAAAAGCAAUUAAAUAAUUUAACAAAAACUGAGAUUGUGGAUGUUGAUAAAUUAAAAGAAAAACAAAACUUUCGAGAAAACUCAAAAAAUUUAAAUAUUUCCCAACAAAUUCCUUCAACAGAUUUAAGUUUUAUAGAAGAAUUAAUUAAAAGUAGUAAAAGAGAAGAGAAGGAAGAAGAAAUAAUUAGUAAAUGGAAAUAUUGUGAAGAGGAAUUUUAUGAAGAGGCUUUUACUGAAGAUGUGGAAAAUUUUGAAGAACAAUCACCACAAGAUUUAUUAAUUUCUCCAAACAAAACAUUAGAAUAUUCUCCUUUGAGUGUUACUGUGCCUGAUAGACCUAAAAUUAAUUUUUUUGAAACAGAAGAGAAUAAUACAACAAAUAUUUUGGAUGAUAGUAGUGAUUCUAAAAGAAUUAUCGAAAUUAUUGACCAAAUAUUUAGAGAUGCCGUUGAAAUUAAAGAUUUUUCUUCUUCCUCAACAGAAUCACAUCCAAACAAUGCAAUACCUCAACAUGACAGGCAUUGGUCCGAUUCUGGACUUGCUGCUGAAUCUCCCCCAGAUUUUUCUUCUUUAUCUCCCCCACCCACAAAUAAACAAGAAAAAUCUUCGACUGUUGGAAUUCAACUUCCUUUUGAAGAAUUAACACCCGAAUAUAGCAGAAGACGUUUAAUUGGCCCGAAUGAUCAAAUGUUAGACGAUUCUGGAAUUUUUGUAGAAUUACAGCCGGGGACUUUAAGUAUUGACUUUCCUCUAUUAGUCCCAAUUGAUAAAUUAAAUAAAGUAGAAGAAAUAUCUGAGUCAAUUUUACCCUCAAAAAAUAUUUCUUCUACAAAUUUACAUUUAAAUAAAGAAUUAAUUAAUAACAAUAAUAUACCAAUAAUGACAAUAGAUUUACCGUUUAAAUCUGUGGAAGAAGAAAUUGUUGGUUGGAAACCUUUAGAAAAUUUAAAAGAAGAAAAUGAAAAUAAAGAAUUGCUUAAACCUUUAAUUAAUGAAAAAAGAAAAUUAAGUGCAACAGAUUGGUAUAAACGUUUUGGGGAUGAGGAAGAUGAAAAAGAAGAUGAAGAGGAAAUUAAUAAAAAAAUAAUUUUGGACCCUUCUGAUAUAGCGGCAUUAAUUAAUGAAGGGGCUGAAUUUUGUCCUAUUAUUAAAAAAGAACAACAAAAAGAAGAGGGGGAGGGGGGAGAGAAUAUUAAAUCAAAAAGUGAAGUACUUGAUUGGAAACCUCUUGAACAAAUAAAUAUUUUAAUUGAGGAAAAGAAGGAACAAGAAAUUAGUGAAGAAUAUUUAGUAAAUGAUAAUCAAGAAAAUAAUAUAUUUAAGGAAUCAAAAGAUAGUUCAUUUAAUUCUUUAAAUGAUCAAUUACCUAUUAUUUCUUCUAGAAAAAGUACAAAAUCAGAAGCCUUAGAUAUUGUUUCUGAAUGGAAUAAUAAAUUAAUAAAGAAAAAAGUUGAAGAAAAUUUUGAUGGAAAUAAAGAAGAGGGAGAAGAAGAAAAGGUUAAUAUUGAUAUUCAUUUAAAUGGAGAUAAUUGGCAGGCUAAUUCUAAAGUGUUAAUUUUGCCUUUGAAAAAAUUAGAAAAAGCUGAAUUUAAUAUUAAAAAUAAAAAUCGUAAUCUUCUUACUGUUGAACAUAUAAAUAUAACACAAUUAGAAUAUUUGGGUGGUGAUAUGUUAGAAAGAAUUGAAAAAGGAGAACGUAUUGUUACAAAUAUUUCAACAAAAUUAAAUAAUUUUACUGAAAAUGAAUUAUUUAAUAAAUUGGAUUUUCAGCCAAAUAAUAAUAAUAAUAAAAAUGAAAGAAUUAAUAAAUUUGUUGAAAUAAAGAGGAAUAGAAGUGAAGAAACAGGCAAAAUAAAAACAGAAACAAAAAUAAUUAAAAGUCAAUUAAAAAACAAAAAUAAUGAAGAAAUAAAAAAAGAGAAUGCAUCAUUAUAUACAGAAAUAACUUCAAAUAAUAAUUCUGAAAAUCCUUGUUUUUCUAAUAAAAAUACAAUAAUUUGGAGAAAUAUACCUAUUAAACAACAAAAAAUAUCCUCUCCCUCGCGUAUUUCAAUUACAACAAGUCAAGGGGGAAUUUUAAAUAAAAAUAAUGAAGGAAAUUGUGUUACUGUUAAACACACUCCCGGCAAUAAUUGGUGUAUUUCUUCAAUUUAUAAAACAACAGAAUAUGGAUGGGAAAAACAAACAUUGAGACCUCGUUUUACAACAAAAUUUGAUGAAAUGCCAAGGAGAACAAGCACAUAA